UAGUAGUAGUAGUAGUAGUAGUAGUAGUAGUAGUAAAAAUCCACCAAUUAAGGAAUUGUGCUGUUUGUUUUCUUCGUACUGCCAUAAACAACAAUGUUUAUAUUCUGAAUGCUACCUGUGACAUUGCUAAAAUUUAUUAUUCUUAUAUAAAAAAAAUGGAACUUGAGUCCGCUUCACAACCCGAGGAUGAAAGUAAAAGGAUAGAAAUAAGGAAAGAGCUAUCACAUAUGAGCUUCGAAGAACUUCUGCAGCUCAAAGAGGAGCUGGGGUCAAAAGUUUACAAUGAAGCAAUGUUUGGGACAGCAACAAGGAAAAAUGUGGACUACAAGCGUGAAAACAAAAACAGACCCCGAGAAGUGUCAUCAAAGCUUCCUGUACCUCCACUAAAAGAAGUUUUUUCCAUCAAGAAAAUACAAGCCCGCGACCCUCGAUUUGAUAGCCUUUGUGGCACCUUCAAUGAAAAGUCAUUUAAGUCGUCGUACAGUUUUCUGAACGAGGUGAAGCAAAAGGAACUUAAGGACCUGAGAGAAGAGUUAAAAACAACUAAGGACCAAAACAGAAUAGAAACAAUUAAGUAUCUAAUUCAAAGAUUGGAAAAUCAAGAACGUGAAGAAAAACGUAACAAAAUGAAGGAGCAGAAGGUGGUAGAGGAACGCAAGACUCAGAUAACAAUGUUGAAACAAGGCAAGAAGCCUAACUUUGUGAAACCAUCCGAGAAACGUGUACUACAGCUGGUGGAGAGAUUUAAGGAACUUAAAGAGCAAGGAAAGCUGAAAAAGCACAUACAAAAGCAAAGGAAAAAAGCUACAGUUAAAGACAGGAAAAAAUUUAAAGAGCAAAGUAAUGUUUUUGGUUAGGUUAGGUUGUAAAUGUUUGUAAAGAACAAUGUUUGUUAAUAUUGUACUUACUGAUGCAAAUAAAUUGUGAGUUUCUUUUAAA